GUGUGCCACCUGCAGACACGACGCGGCCCAAGCGCGAGUACGAGGUCGACGGCCGCGAUUACACGACGCGGCCCAAGCGCGAGUACGAGGUCGACGGCCGCGAUUAUCACUUUGUGGCCUCGCGGGAGCGCAUGGAGAAAGACAUCCAGGGGCACAAGUUCAUCGAGGCGGGGCAGUACAACAGCCACCUGUACGGCACCAGCGUCCAAUCCGUGAGAGAGGUGGCUGAACAGGGCAAGCACUGCAUCCUGGACGUGUCGGCCAACGCCGUGCGGCGGCUCCAGGCGGCGCAGCUGCACCCGAUCGCCAUCUUCAUCCGGCCCAAAUCGCUGCAGAACGUGCUGGAGAUCUCCAAGCGCGUGAGCGAGGAGCAGGCGCGGAAAGCGUUCGACAGAGCCACCAAACUGGAGCAGGAGUUCACCGAGUGCUUCUCAGCCAUGGUGGAAGGCGACAGCUUCGAGGAGAUUUACCACAAAGUCAAACGAGUCAUCGAGGACCUCUCAGGACCUUUCAUCUGGGUCCCCGCCCGCGAGCGGCUUUAGGGCCGGGGGGGGGGACCCC